AGAGAGAGGAGGUGAAUUUUUCGCUCUGUUCAAAGCUAUAUCAGUGGACACGCGCACUUGCACAGAUUGCAGUUGCGUCUCAUUUAUGAAGAGACUCUAGUCUUAACCACAAACAUCAGAAGAAUUCAUCUGGAAAAACUGCACUCAAGACCACGAUUGCUCAAUAAUGCUGCUCGCUUAUUUGUAAAACUUAAGCGGACACGUAUGAGGAUCAGAGCGAUUUCAGGCGUUGAGUCUAUGAAGGAACUAUGACGCUGAAUGUAUUAUUUCAAAGCCCAUGUAAAGAGUGAAUAAUCUAUCCGCACUACUUCAUCCAGGACGCCCUUCAUCCAGCAUGUUCACGGUGACUGUAGUAUUUCUGCUCGUGGGGAAUGUCUUGUCUACACAGGACUCGUGUCCUUCAGGGGCGUACACAGCCAGUGGAGAGUGUUGCAAACAAUGCCAACCCGGGGAGGGGAUGGUGAAGCCCUGCGGAGCGACACAGACAGUGUGUGACCCAUGUCUUGACAGUGAGACGUUCUCUGAGAACUUCAGCCACACGGAGAAGUGCCAGCCGUGCACACCAUGUUCCAAACUCAUGCGCAUGCUGACGCCCUGCACUGAUGCCAACGAUGCAGUGUGUGUCUGCGACUAUGGGUAUUUCUUCAGCACAGUGACAGGGCGCUGCGAGGCCUGCACAGUGUGUCCUCUGGGCCAGGGUGUGCUGAUGCGCUGUAAUUAUGACCGUGACACAGUGUGUGAGGAGUGCCUGGAUGAAACGUUUUCAGAUCAGGAAACCUCUUUCGACCCCUGCCUGCCCUGCACACAGUGCGAACUGCCCGAGAUGGAGUUGAAAAGCUGCACUUCUGUCAGUGAUGCUAUCUGCCAAGAUUUAGAUCCUCCUAACAGCUCAACCUCUCCUUCUCCUCCUCCUAUUCAAUAUGUUACACCUGCUCCUUCCCUUCCUACAUUUUCUUCUCCUGCUCCAUCAGUUGUCUCAUAUACAGACAAGUUUCCACCUGACAGUCCUACGGAGAGCGUGACCACGGCUGACCCUGGGCGGACGAGACUCCCUGGGCUGAGCGACAACCUCAUUCCCAUCUACACCUCCAUACUGGCUGCAGUGCUGUUGGGCCUGGUGGCCUUCAUCAUCUUUAAACGGUGGAACAGUUGUAAGCAGAAUAAGCAAGGAGCCAAUAAUAGAGCUUGCAGUGCAAACCCCAGUCAGACUCCUUCUCCUGAGGGAGAGAAACUCCACAGUGACAGCGGCAUCUCAGUGGACAGUCAGAGCCUACAGGAGGGCCAGGGGCCGCCACAUACAGUGGUCAAGAUAGAUGGAAGUUCAGCCCUGUCCUUACCCUUACACACACGGGAGGAGGUUGAGAAACUGCUAAAUCGUACCUGUGAAGGGGAGGAGUCAGGAGCCAACGAGGAAACCGAUUGGUGCAGUCUGGCGGGGCUACUUGGAUACAAAGAAGAACACAUUGCUAAUUUCAAGCAAGAAGAGAGGCCCAUCCAGGCUCUUCUCUCUCAUUGGGCAAGCCAGGAUUCGGCUAAUAUUGAUACGCUUUGUACAGCACUGAAGAAGAUCAAUAGGGAGGAUAUUGCGCAGAGCAUCACAGUCAAACCAACUGCUACAUCUACCGUAUGAGAGAACAAACACACGCUUACAAAAUUCACACAAUUUCAAGUGUGCUUCCCAGCUGUAGGCUCCCAAAUACACACCUUACAUUGCCUUCAGCAUACUUCAGUGUUGAUGUAUCACUGGUGAAGUUGAUGUAUCACUAUAUCCUUAACUUUAGGCUGUAAACUCAAGUGCCGUUUCCCUUUAAACCCUUGAUUGUAUGGCCAAACUAUGUGCAAAGAAUGCACCGUUUCUAAAUAUUGUUCGCAUGUUCCUUUAAUUUGAGGAAAGCCAUAUGGACUUGAACAUGGAUAUUCAUGUCUUUCCUGAAGAUGUUCAGGAUAAAUGACUCAAAAUCAUUCAUUUUACUUUUAACACAUUUCAGUAUCACAAAUAUACCAACUGCAAAUCACUUCCAGCUUUAGCCAACCAAUAAUUACUCUUAAUAAUAGGUAUAAGUUUAAAGAAAAUUGUCUGCCUGUAUUCAGUACAGAAACUGCUAUGUAACAUCCAUAACGCAUAUGCUAAUGAUAUGUCAAACGUGGCCAGUUCAGUCAUUUGCUAAGUGUACCAUAACCACAAACCAUAUCCACUGAUUAUAUCGUGUCAGAGUUGUACACAGUUGAUGUUGUGCUCCUGUACUGUAAAUAUGACCAGUGACAAUAUGAGAAGGACCAGUCAUAGAAAAAUGAAUAAGACAAAUCACAAUGUUCAGUAUGGAGACUGUAGAAAUGUUGAAAAUUGAAAUAUAGUUUUCUGUUAUGUGAGCUAAAGAAGCAAGAUUUACAAUGCCAUUAUUGUCAGAGUUUAUUGCUGAUUUGAUUGUAAACUAAACCAUGAACAAUGAUUUACUACUUUCUAUUGUAAGACAGUGCCAGGUAGUAUUAAGUGUCGCGGUUUGGUUGGAAGGCAAGGAGAGUUGAGGUGAGGAUCUAAAAACUACCGAUAUUUAUUAAAUGAGAGCAAAAACCACUCUUGAACACAGGAGAACAGCAACACUGGAAACCCACAUGAGCAAACCAAUACAUUGGAAAGAUCAGACAAAAGGGAACUAAAACACAGUUCUAUCCUCUUUUUUCCUACACCCCAUGAUUUUUUGUGCAAAUUAUGGGAGUAACUCAAUCAGCAAAAGGUUCGCUCUAUAAACGCAAUAAGCAUUUUCAAAGACUGGGUACAAUGAGAUGACAUUAUUCUAUUCACCCUUCAACCACCGAACAUUAAAAGGAAAUAUUUCAAAGUGAUUUCCGUCAUUUUGAUUAACCUGUAUUUGUAUUUACCUGGUUUAGAAACAUUCCAGUAAACACUGCCAAUAGAAAUAAGAAGUGAAAAAACAAUUAAAUUAAAUUAAAUCAGGAGAACGACCACAAGUGCACAGUAUUUGCUGUCUUUUUCAUACUGUUACAGCGAUAUACAAUGAAAAAAAGGAAAAGAAUCAGGAGGAAAAGAAUGCAGCAACAGAAAAGAUUCUCUUUACAGCUCAUUCAGUCAAACUGAUGGAAAAGGAUUAUUUGUAGUGCAACCUUAUGAUUUGUUUCAGUCUUUUUGAGUGGAACUUCCCCAAACCGGAAGUGCCUCCCAUAACCUAAAACGCAGUUGGCUUGUUAGGAAAAAGGUGGACAUAAAUAGAAUAAACGAGCAACUAAACAAGACACAGGUGAACAUAAUCAGGAACUAUGGAAACAAAUGAGAACCUAAUUAGAAUUAGAACCAAGGAAACAGGAACUAAACUAAACUUUCUUGGUCACCCCACUUGGUAACAGAGAGGAACCAUUUUGGUACGAGGUAAACUGCCAUGUACAGUAGAUGUAAAGUCAGGUAUUACAUAGAGAGAUGCAAUGGUGAAAAAAGAGAGACAUCAGAGAGACAUCAGAUGCUUUCUGGUGCCUACUUCUGAUGAAGUAACCCAAAGUAUGAACAAUAGCGGCAUAAACAGACACCACUAAAAUAUGUUCAUUGUAUGAUGUCUUUAUCAGUUUUUGUUCUGUCUGCAUCUGGGCAGGUGACUCAGAACAUUCUAGAAUUAAUAAGCAGGAGGUUUUGUUGUCCUGGUGGUCCGGCUGAAAGACGAUAGCGGUUUGGUUUUUUGUUUUUUCACUUUUUUCUUUAUUACGGCAGUAACCCGACACUGGUCACUACCUGGCUCAGGUCAUCACCAUGACAAAAGUGCUUGGCCAUGCAGUCUGUGACCCAGAUAGAAAAAUGUUAAAGACACAAGACACAUAUACACCCAUAAACACACAACAAAGAAACAAGCUUCCCUGUAAAAUUAACCACUGACUGAUAUGAACGUCACGGGUGAUUAAAAGUGACUCUUUUGAAGGCAUAACACGGGGUUCCCACGGUCAUGGCUAUAUCAGGGAAUUUUUAAAAGUGGAUUGGUCAGAAGUGUGGGAACACUGAAGGACUUCGAAACCAGGAGAACAACUCAAAGAAUAUCUUUUGUGCUUACUGUAAUGUUGGACUCCUAAGAUUCAGCAACAUGUUAAUGGAUACUGUACCAAGAAUUGAAGUGAUCCAAUGUAACGAUUUGGUUUGCAUUGCAUUGCAUUGAUAUAUUUGGUUCAAAUACUGAAGUUGGUGUAGGAUACAGUGCUUUUUUUGAUGACAAGUGAAUCAAUUCAAAAGAAAUCUCCAGGGCUUUAUAAUUUCUCAGGGUUUAUGUGGAGAUUUGCCCAUCUGUCAAUGUUUCAUGUUAUAUCAUGUCAUCAGUAUAUCAGUGGCCUUAUAAUGGAGUUUUAUGGUGGCACACAGGUCGCAAGAAGCACUAGCUGAACUUAACUUCAGCACAGACAUUUGGACUCAAAGAGCUUUUUUACAAAUAUGGAAGAAGGUCAGUUUGAGGAGCCAGAAGUGUUGGAUUUAUUUGUUAUGUAGAAUAUAUGAAACAACAUUACAGAUUCUCUAGCUGCAUGAUUAUCAGUAUUCAUAGAUUCUUGCCCAUUCAGUUUGAAAAGCAAUGCAGCAAGCAUACAUUAUUAAUAUUUUUUAAUAUUAAAGUCACCCUAAAUACUGAUGAACUUUUCUUUUCUUUUUUUUUUUUUUUUUUUUUUUGACUAUACAUUUUUGGGAAAAUUCAAAAAACACAGUAAUUUGUAUCUUAAAAUGAAGGCAUUCUCCAUUUCUGGAUGUGAAUUUUUUUUUUUUCUUUUUAAUUCAUUUUAAAUCUUUUUUUUCUACCAGAUUAGAGUGUAGCACUUACAAAAUAUAAUAUACAUUUUGUAUAACAAAUGCCUGAGAUUAAUAUCAGGUCUGUGUUGUUUUUGUUCUGUUUAGUAUGUACAUAAUUUUACUGUGUUUAUUCAUUUUGUGUUUUUUCGUAGCCUCAAAGGCUUGUUAUUGGUUGUUACCAGGGAAUAUCAGCCAAUCCUGAAACCACAAAGCCAACAAGCUCAAAGAAAGUCACAUGAUUUGCCACUGUUUACUUCCUCCAUAUUUGCCUUUAUACCAAUUUGCCAAUUUGUUCUUGUAUAAAAUCAUCUUGAUUAUUUGAGAAGCAUGCCGUUUUGGUUUAAAUUUAUUUGUAGAAUAUUUUUGUAGCGUUACACAAUAUCAGAGUACAUAUCUCUGAGAUGGAUGUACUAAUGUGGCACAUUGCUCUCUGACAAUCAACUAAAAGCAUACUUGUGUAGUUGCUGGAAUAUGGAGUUGAUCAGAACCCAUUCAUUCCCAGAGACUGAAUCUUGCACUUGGUAGAGGAACUUUGUGAGACAAGUGUGAGGAGCAUGAGAGGGUGAGCAGAGGUUUUGUUGGGCUUAUUUGGACAAGAAGAAACAAUACUGAAUGUUACUUGUAUUUACUGUUAUGUACACUGUAUCAUAUAAAUGUGAAUUUACUAGAAUUCAUAAAGUAGGUUUAAUGCAGUUAUUAUUACAAACAAGAAAUAAUAAACUAAAUAAGAUUGCAA